AACAUUGAACAGACACAAUGAACGAAGUGUUACAUGACGUAUGUCUUGACUUGGGCACUAUAGCAAACAUAUGCAGUCUCUGGGACCAGAGAGUCACCGAACUAUAGGGUUUCUAGAUAUCAUCUGGUGCGGGACUUGAGACUCAAUUUCCUGUUCAUAAGAUGAUUGGAGGUAGCCUGGGAGAAAUGAAGGACGAAUGGGCUGUCAGCCUAGUGCACAGACCAUUGACAUUGCAUAUAACAAACUCAAAACCACGACUUCAGUUGAACUACGCCGCUUUUCGUCUUUUCAUCUUCACAGAACUAAAGAUGUCAUCUGUAUGGGAUUCUGUGCCGGCAGAGAUAUACGACCAAGAUCUUUUCUCACUUUGCGGUUCCCGUUGACUUCGACUACCAUAGCAACCGGCCAGACAGUGCUGAAUAUGCACACACUUUCGACUACGUUCGUUACAUGGGCCGGCCUGAACCAUUUGGCUAUGAGUUUCGCUCGUAUCCACGCCCAGCAUGAGGACGCCAUAUUGGAAGCGUGGAACCCUACUCUAGAGCAAAAGCUUGACGAUUUUGUUGUUGGGACCAGGAGGGCUAUUGCUCCCUUCGUGUCUCGCCUGAGGAUCGAUCUUUCGCCACUUCAGGGGACGGGUGAAGCAAGUUUAUUCGAUACCCAACGCCGAUACGAUUACAAUAGCAUAAGCCAAGAGAGACAACUGAAACUUAUGAAUCCAUCUCUGCGCAACUUUCUUCCCAGGCUCGAAGACAUCGUGGCGAAGAUGCCGAAAUUGAAACGCCUCGUCAUUGAGAUCCCGGACGAGUGGCGGAGUGAUGGCCCUGCUGAGAUAGACUUUGACGUUGAUGAAGACGCUGAAGAGGUGGGCAUGAUUCUGGAGCUUGACCUGCUUGAACUUGUGCGCGACAGCAUUGCGAAUAUGUUCUCUUCACCCCGCAUCAAUCUUCCUCUCCUCACAUAUCUACGCCUGACGCUACCAAGCACCUACGAUUUCUCCAUCAUUGGGCCGAAGAUACCUGAAACCGUGGCACUACAGCUUCGCCAUUUGUAUCUUGAAUACAUCGAUGGGACAGGCCGUUACGGAGAUCUCCAAUACACGCACGGGCUAGAUGACUCUGACACCGAGGGCGACGAAGAGCAUCCCUUUUCCAACCUACAACACCGCUUUCCAAAUACCGCAUAUAUGCGUGACAUGUGCGCGCUGGUCAACCGUUGCCGCAACCUCGAGUCUCUCGGACUCCACUGCACCCAACCGUUAGACCUCGACCACCUAGAAUGGCUCCCAACAGCCUCCCAAGGUCUGAAAAACAUAUACAUCGCACGUGCCGUCACAACUGCCGAGAAGCUGAUCUCGCUCAUCACGCCGUCCAUAAUCGAGGGAUUCCACAUCCAAGACGUCUCCCUCACGUCGGGGACAUGGGAGUCCGUUUUCGGGAUCCUUCGCGCAUGUCCAUCGCUCAAGUACUUCCACGUGUUUAACUUAAUCUACUCCAAGCACGGCAAGUCACGUAAUCGUAUGGAGCACAAUAAUCGCCCAUGGGAGAAUGUCGAUUUCAUGUGGUCUCACUGCACGGAAGACUGGCGUAGGUUCGGAGAUGUGGUACGCGCGGUGCAGAAACGCGGUGGAUUAGUAGAUGAAGAUACGGAUGGAAAGGCACUUGAGGUUGAGGUGGAAAGAUAUUAUGGUUUUGUCGAGGAUGGUAAUUGAGACUAUUUAUAAAGUACACCAGCGCAUGCAAGCUACCAUCCUUGGCGUUUCGGCUCAGUUUAACUAGAGGAAUUCUCAACGAGCUACUAACCUUCCAU